UGUGUCAAAUGUCAUUCGGCAAUCGGCAUAUCAUGCAUGUUCGAUUCGCUGCGUUGUGAUUUGUGAAUAUAUUUUGUGUAAUUAAUUUAUUAUUUAAUUAAAUAUUGUGUUGUAAUCAAUUAAUUGCGAAAAACAAUGGCAGACCAAAACCCACAAGCUGGAGAUACAGGCCCCCCAAAAGGCAUCCCGGCGUUGAAGGCGCACGUGGUGGCGAACAAGGUGGAUGUCGCUCUCUGGGCCAUCCGUGUGCUCACUGUGCUCUUCACCGUUGGAUAUGUCCUGCCCAUAUUCAAUAACCCAGUAUCAGCGUUCCACAAGGCGCUGCUCGCCAACGCGGCGACCUCGGCGCUGAGGCUUCACCAGCGCAUCCCGGCGAGCGAGAUCUCGCUCUCGCGGGAGUUUCUCGCCAGGUUCUUCUUGGAGGACAGCGCGCAUUACCUCUUCUAUUCGCUCAUAUUCAUGAACGUUGCGCCUAAUUUGUUAAUACUGGUGCCUAUCUUCCUGUUCGCUCUGCUCCACGCAGCCUCGUACUCCCUCACCAUACUUGAUACCCUGGGCCAGAACUCGAUGUGGGUGGCGCGGCUGCUGAUCUCGCUGGUGGAGUUCCAGUCGCGCAACAUCCUGCGCGUGGCCGCGCUCGCUGAGAUACUCAUCUUCCCGCUCGUAGCGCUGUUGGCGCUCACCGGGUACUGCGGGCUGAUGACGCCGUUCGUGUACUACUACUUCGUGACGUGGCGCUACACGUCGCGGCGCAACCCCUACACGCGCAACACGUUCCGCGAGCUGCGCGUGGCGGCGGAGGCGGCCGCGCCGCGCCUGCCCGCGCCGCUCGCGCGCGCGCUCCUCGCCGCCGUCGCGCUCGUGUGCCGCAUGGCGCCGCCCGGCGAACACGUGCAGCAAUAACAUGCGAGCGAGUAACAAGAGUUGUGGAUGUUUACGAACAACAUUUGUGUGCCGCGGUCGCGGCCUCGACUCUCGACCGACUCCGACGUAUACAAUAUAAAGGGAUCGUACACGUUGCAACACUCUCACGGACUUUUAUACAAUAACGAUUGUGGAUUGAUCGUAAACGAGCCUUGAGAUCAAGAUCAUUGUUAUUAAACGCGCAUCACAAUGGCGGAGAGUGUUUUACCCGAUGCAAUUACCCGCCCUUAAUCAAUGACAAAUUGAAGUAUACUUGAACUGUGGCUUUUGCUCGCGGUUCCAUUUGCGUGAAAAUAUUUUAUCGAAAUUUCUCAAUAAAGAAAAAAAUAUACCUUUUUAAAAAAAAAUAAAGUAGUUAAGUAAAAAUGUCCGAUAUCCACCUUUCAAUAAAAUAAAGUCGCAAUUGCAUUGUGGUCGCGUGUGUUGCAGCGUGUCCGGCCCGCGUCACUCGCACUGACCGAGCAAUCCGCAUAUCGUCAAACAUUCGCCCUCCGUCCUACUUUACACUGAAUAUUCCAACGUUCUCACGUCGAUUAAUAUUAUUGAUGCAAUUUUCCACAUCCAAACCACAUUUGGAAGGUUGCAGCAGAAAUUUGACCAGGUUUAAGAACAAACUUGACAAAUAUUUUGUUGGUAAGUGAAAUCGAGCCUGUCUGAUAACAAAUAAGAAAUAACACUUUUGACUCCAACUGAAAAAUACCACUUAAAAUUAUGUGCCAAGUGCAUGCGUCACUCACCGUCCCAUUGGUGAUGAUACUAUGAAUGAAAAAAAUGUUAUACUUUCGAAUGAUUUCAGAUUUUAUGUGUUUUCUAAAGUCACAAGAUUUGUUAAUCACAAGAUUACCAUUUAAUGUUAUAUUAAUUGCUUCGACGAACUGUGUCACACGGAUAGUUAUUUUUUUGACAAAAUGAUGUUAGAUUGACAACAAUCAUGACGUAUUUUGAUCAGUGUGGAAUCAAUUUGACUUACUUUUAAUCUAAGCAAAAUAACCGCAAAAGGUUUUUUGAAAGAGUAUUCAAUAUACCUCUACUUCGCGAACUUUGUAUAAAUCGCCGUGAGAUCGAUUGGUUUUAACUAUUUUGUAUAAAUGCUAUAUUGUUUCGUAUUAUUCACUAUAAGUAAGAUGUACAAGUCUUAAAGAGCACUGCGGCUUCACAUCUACGCAUAAUAAUUUGAGAUCUAAGGGAUAUUGUGUUGACGUUAUUAGUAUUCAUCUCCUUAUUAAAUUACAUCAGUCGUAUAUAAUGUAAUAUCUAUAAAAACGCUUUAUUUCUGUAACUGAAUAUGUGAACUCAAAAUACAAAAUGUUCAACGAUAAGUAUUUUUGUUGUAUUUUUGUCGAUGUGUGAUCAAAGGGACACGGCUGGCAAUUUUGGUCCAAUUUAUAUUUAAAACGAUUAAGUAUAAAUAUUUUUAAGUUAGACUGGUAAGCGAGUAUUGUUCAGACGGUGUUGCAAAUAGAUAGUAAUGUUGUUAGUUUAAUUUACGAAUGUUGUGUCCACUAUCAGAUAUUAGCGCUUUAUCGACAAACCGAUGGCGACUAAGUAAACUGUCGUAUCUGAAAAAAUAUAGAUUCACAAUUUUUUUGCGUUUCGUUAACUAUGGUACAGUUCAGUUCCAAACCCAUUAAAAAAAAUUAACUAAUGUUUUUUUUUACAGUUUACUCCCAAACCUAUUAAAAAAAGUAAAUAAUAGAAGAUUUUUUUAAUAGGUUUGGUAGUACUUAGAUAACGAAACGCUAAACAGUUAAACUCACUAUUUUUUUUAGAUACGAUAGUUUACUUAGGCGCCAUCGAUUAACUCGUGUGCGUUUUGUACAGCGAUCCAGUCACAAUACGACACUCAAAAUAACUACGAUAGCAUUCCUUUUAUUUAUAUGGUAAGGUGAUCGAGGAAAGGAAAGUACAUGCAAUUAAUAGCUUAAGCACUCGAUAAUUUAUGUUCUAAUGCAGCAAGAGUAUUCGUUAAAUUCUGUUUUAUUUUAUUGUAAAUCGUUUCUCUGUAAGAUUUCGUUUUUACUGUAAUAUUAAUGCACUUGGUUUGGGGUGAAUGUAGUCAGGUUUUUGAAUAAAAUGUUGGUAAAUAA